AUGUCUUUGUCAACCGACGUCCCCCGAGAUGACUCCCACCGCACCAGUGAGCAGCACUCCUCCGCCGGGGACAUCGUCCGCGACAUCAUCAUCGGAUUUUCCGACGGCCUGACGGUCCCAUUCGCCCUGACGGCCGGCCUGUCCAGUCUGGGGUCGUCCAAGCUCGUCAUCAUCGGCGGACUGGCCGAGCUGUUCAGCGGAUCCAUCUCCAUGGGUCUGGGGGCGUAUCUGGCCGCCGUGACGGAGCGGGAUCGAUACCACAGCGAGGAGAAGCGCGAGAGGGACGAGGUGGCCACCAAGCCGGAGGCCGAGAAGGAAGAGAUCUACGAGGUGUUUGACCAAUAUGGCAUCGGGAGAGAGGCCAGUCGAGGCGUCGUGGAGAGUCUGGUCCAGGAUGAGGAGAGUUGGGUUAGGUUCAUGAUGGACUUUGAACUCCGACUCGAAAAGCCCAACGUGUCUCGGGCGUGGAUUUCGGGGAUCACCAUGGGCGUGGCAUAUUUUAUCGGGGGCCUCCUUCCUAUGAUCCCUUAUUUCAUCAUCACGCGGGUCAACAUCGCCCUGUUCGUCUCUAUCGGCAUCACGUUUGUGGUCCUGCUCGUCUUUGGCUACAUCAAGAACUAUGUCACCAUCAAGACGAAGCGCGCAGGGGUGUAUGGCGCUCUGCAGACGUUGUUCAUUGGUGCUCUGGCGGCGGGGGCGAGUUAUGGGAUUAUCCGCGUGAUGUCAUUGACGGUUGUCGCUGGCUCUUGGCUCUGGAUCACCGAAUUCCAGCAGAACGGCGUCGAAAGGAGGCUGUUUCAUAGCAUCGAAGCUUGGAACCUUCGAAGGAGCACUGGCCAUCUCGCAGCUGCUCCGAGCCAGGCACGUGCGCCACCAGCUGUUAGGACCUGCCGUAUUUGGUAUGCACCGGAUCUGCGCUUAGUCAGCCAGGCACUCUCCGAUUGGUGUCACGUGCAUGGCACGGACAGCCACUCGCAGCUGCCGUUGCUCGGCGGUCGUUCCUUCCCCAUGAUUGGCGGACAGGAGCCUCGGCAUUGA